AGUCUGUCAGCAAACUUUCUUUGAACGUAAUUUUCUCUUCCGCCCCCUCCCCAAAGGUGGGCCACACAUUGCCUCCUUUCCUGCCGCUGAAUUUAGUAACACAGGCUGGCCAAACUGCAGUGUAAAGCAGAUCAGAUAGCACACAUAUACCCCUCUCAGGCUCUUUGGAAGCUGCUGCCAGCUCCCCGUGACUUGGACUGGACAAUGGCUUCUUCCGAGCUCUGGGCAAUCGACUAUGAGAUUUAUGGAGAAGUCCAAGGUGAGUCCAGAUUUUAUUUCACAGAAGAGCAAGGGAGAAAGCUAGGACUGGUUGGCUGGGUGAAGAAUACAGCCCAUGGGACUGUGACUGGACAGGUGCAGGGGCCAAAGGAGAAGGUAGAGAUUAUGAAGAACUGGCUACGCAGCGUAGGAAGCCCCAUGUCUCGCGUUGAUCAGGCCGUGUUCUCUAACGAGAGGCAGAUUACCACCCUGGAGUUCCAUUCCUUCACCACCAAGUAUUAAAGGCAGUUGGCUGGUCCAGAUGGGAUACGGCUACUCCUAAGUACAAUGAGGACUUUUCUACUCCAAAGGAAGUAUCACCUUCCAGUUCAAGAACAGGAUGUUGUUGUUACUGCUGCUACUGACAUUAGAUUGUGCUUUAGACCCAUGGCACUUCCAGGACCCUUGACUCUUCCAGGCUGCUAGCGAACAGGAAAGCACCUGCUGCCCUUGAACAUCUGAUAAAACAUCACCUGUUCUAUCUGUUCUUUUUGCCCCCUUUUUUUACAAUUUGUACUGAGGCGGUAAGGGAAAGAACUAGAGGUAUAUGGAAAUGUGUCCUCCUAAAUCCCUUCUCCCCAUUGUGUUCACGAGCAUGCUGGGCAGCUGUCUUUUGAGCAAACAUGUAAAAAAAAAGUUUCACGCUUGCUCCCUGGAAGCAUUUUGCUUCUGCUCCUCAACAACAAUCACUACCCAAACCCAGCAAAGAAUAUUAGCUCAUUAAAGAUUAUCU